AUGUUUUUGAUAUUCACAACCUUGAGUCUGUUACUGCCGAUUUGUUCCUGUAAUACUCUGGACGAUUCAAAAUUACUUGGAUUAGGAUACGAUCUACUGAGAGCUAACCCGGAAGGUGGGCGUUUCUCUACUUCUGGCCUUGACCCUGGUAUAAAACCAACUAGACAGAUACUUCAAAUUGAUGAUACAAACAGAAAAAAUGUUAUUCGUGUGGAUAAUGUUACCUCCUGCAAAAAUCACACAACAUAUGAAUAUUUUAGUGAUGCGAAAGCUAAGCAGGAGUAUCUUCUACAAGAUUAUGUAACAGGCGGUGACGGUGACAUGCUGAUUCGUCCGUUUGCUUUUAUGGCUGGAUAUGCUCUGAGGGAUGCUUCAAAAACAAAUGCUAUUACUGUUGAUAAGAUAACUGUUUGUAACCGAGGACGAAGUCGCUAUGCCAUGCCACCAGCCUAUCCGUCAUAUCACAAACUGAAUGAAGAGUUUGUAUCAGCAGGAUGUGCCUUGCCCAACUCAUAUGAUGCCAACACCUAUAAUAGAUUUUUGAAAGACUGGGGGACGCAUGUGAUUAUUGAAGUUGAAACAGGAUCGAAGUCAGUUAGCCAAUAUGAUAUUUCUGCAGCUAGAGUUGCGGAGGUACUUUUGAAGAAAUAUGCUAAUCCACACAUAUGGAAAGUCGUUCUUGUAAGAGACGAUGGAAGUAUGGCUUAUUUCAACACGUCAAACCUACUGGCAGCUGAUCUUGAAUCAUUAACAACAGGAGUAUCCCCGAAAAGUUUGAUUGUUGGCGGAAUUGGUAUAUCCGAACCGCUAGAAUUUCAUUUAAUGUCAAUAGUCCGAUUCUUUGAAGAUGAUUUCUGGAGAACCGAAACCCAACAGGAUGGAAUUUGUCCAACGAUCAUGCACAGAAAUGUGUCAAUGAUAAAACAGAAUCUGCUUAAAGCUUUAAAAGAAUAUCCGUCUUUCUUUAGCAUAAUGUCAACGCCAUCAGAAUUGACACACACAUUGAGCGUGCCUUUAAUUUGGCCGACAGGGACAUUUUCCUUGUAUAAACCAGUAUCAGGCUGCCCACAUUCUCAUACUUGGUUUAGCAGUGGUUGGGUAUCGCAAGACACCGAGGAUACCACAAAGGCAACUUCAUAUUCUUCUGGUCACCAUUUUUUUGCUGGUACACCUGAUACAGAGUAUUCUAAGUUUUCCUUUUGCACACAUACGUCAAGUAUGAAAGGUGCUUACUAUAGAAAUUGGCCUGCUGGAAACUACUGCAUACUCAAGUACGGACCAUGCCCUACUGGAUUUGAUGAAGGUUACAUUCAUUGGGAUGAUGAAAACAGUGGUAACGAUAACUCAGCUGGUGGUACGUUACCUAAUGGAACAUAUGGUCAUGACACUGAUAUAUAUUAUUGCUGCAGAAGUGAUGGGCCUAUCGCCGAUAAAGUUUUUCUGCCUAUAGAUAAACCAUUCUAUUUAAUGCGAUACACCAGUGGAUGUCAGAAGGUCUAUGGCAUGGUAGUUCGUGAAGAAUAUUUCCAAUUUGACGACGAAAAUACGAACAACAGAGACAGUUGCAGUGGAGCUCAUCCAUACGACACUGGCUGUAACAACGAUCAUAUGCUUUAUUUUUGUUACUACGAGGUUGAUCGUCAAAAUCCUGCCGUCUUUGGCUAA